CCCCUAGGAAAAAAAAUGCACUCGAUCCACUUUCCCCUCGCUCCCGCGAUAGCAAGCAAGAGCUAGGGUUCGUCCAGCAAGCCGAAGCCGCCGCCGCCUGUCCCCUUCUGUGCUGCUCCUCAGCGCGGCUCUCUCCGGCCAAGCCGUGGCCGUCGGGUAGCACCCCAUCUCCCGACCUCUCGCGCCACCCCUCCCGCCCCCGGUCUCCAGCAGCAGCCAACGCCCUACUCCGGCCGCGUCCACUCCGGCGGCCCCACUCCAGCGGAAGGCCCCCCCGUUCCCCUCUCCGCUUCCCAGGUCGUUGCCGUGAGCCGAAUAUGAGCUCGUCCGGCCAGGAUCUUAUUUCCAUGAGGAGAAGAGGCGGCGACGGCCAGAAGGAGAUCAUGGAGUAUGAACCACCCAACAACCCGACGGUGAAGAAUUUCGACGACUCAUUAGUGCUGCCAGCCGUAAUCAUGGAGUACAAACCACCCAACAACCCGACGGUGGAGAAUUUCGAUGACUCAUUAGUGCUGCCAGCCGUAAGACACAAGAGACCCAUAAGCGCUCUAAUGGAAUUCUUAAAGACCAAAGCAGAGUUCCAGAGGCCAAUGAGCUUUCUCAUCGACAGGGAAUAUGAGAGUGUUGUUAUUCGGGUUUUUGUUGAGCUUGUAUGCCCGGGAGGCCAAAGUAUGGAUAUGGACCGUGCGAUCAAGAGGCAUGCACAUGAUAUCUUUAGCCGCUUUUCUGGUCCCAUCCCGUUGAGCUUCAAGGAGAAGCUAGAUGGGGCAGUUGAUGACGGGACGAGUGUUUUCGACUGGGUGGUGUCCACGUUCGCCCAGAACAUGUGUCCGCCUCUGGGAAAACUCGCAGCUCUGCUCUCAGAUGAACAAGCAUCAAGCAAACUUGAUCAAAAUUUUCAAUUGUCUGUGAUUUCAGAACUCAUCUAUGCUUUAAGGGCCAGGCUGGGGAGGCCACACAAUGAUGAGUUUUUGAAGCCCGAAUCACCGUACGUCGACUCGGUGUUUCCGAGAGUGGUACUACGGUGGGGGUGCAGAAGCGCCCUCAUUGUAUACUCACGCAUCAAGAAAGAGCUGCAGAGGCAGGUGGGCGAGCUCAUCAACAGGGAAGACAACAGUAGUGAGCUUUGGUUCAAUUAUUACGGUGUCUGCUCAGGAGCAAGCAUGGAGGAUGCAAUCAGGACAAGUGCAACUAAAAUCUUCAAGAGAUAUUUUGGCCGCAUCCCGCAGUGGUACAAGAAGAUGGAGGCUAAGAGGACUGAUGAGAUGAAGGACGAGACAGAUGAUGAGACAGAUGAUGAGGUAGAAGGUUUCAACCUCAAUGUGUCCUUGUAUUGCGAGGACAUAUGCAGGCAGGUAGAAGAACUCCUAGGUCUGGUCUCAGUUGACAAAACUCCACAAAUUGAGCAAUUGCUUCGGAUUGCAUAUGAGAUCAAGGAUUUUAAGCGCAACCUGGCUAAAGUGGGUUGGGUGCUAGAGGGGCUGGGGGACGGGGGCAUGCGACAGAAAUGAUUAGAUUAAUAGUGAGGAGCUUGGAGGAGAAACUGGAUAAGGAGAUGAGCUCGGUGAAGAAACAUGAGGAGAAUGAAGAGGAGUCGGAGAGGGCAGGGGAGGAGAUGAGUUCUGUGAAGAAACAUGAGGAGGAGCAGUCGGAGAGGGCAGGGGAGGAGAUGAGUUCUGUGAAGAAACAUGAGGAGCAGUUGGAGAGGGCAGGGGAGGAUAUGAGUUAUGUGAAGAAACAUGAGAAGGAGCAGUCGGAGAGGGCAGAGGAGGAGAUGAGUUCUUUGAAGAAACAUGAGGAGGAGCAGUCGGAGAGGGCAGGGGAGGAGACGAGCUCUGUGAAGAAACAUGAGGAGCAGUCAGAGAGGGCAGGAGAGGAGAUGAGUUCUGUGAAGAAACAUGACGAGGAGCAGUCGGAGAGGGCAGGGGAGGAGACGAGUUCUGUGAAGAAACAUGAGGAGCAGUCAGAGAGGGCAGGGGAGGAGAUGAGUUCUUUGAAGAAACAUGAGGAGAAGCAGUCGGAGAGGGCAGGUGAGGAGACGAGUUCUGUGAAGAAACAUGAGGAGCAGUCAGAGAGGGCAGGAGAGGAGAUGAGUUCUGUGAAGAAACAUGACGAGGAGCAGUCGGAGAGGAUAUGGGAGGAGUAGCAGCGGCAGUGACAGAGGAGAAGGAGCAGCAGGAGAUCUUCAGCAUGGUGGGAGUCAACGGGGACAAAUUCUCCAGAGACAGGAGGUGCCCUGGAGUACCUGAUCUCUUUUCAAUUUCUAUUUGGCUGUAAGGUACUCCCUCCGUCCCACAAUGUAAGACGUUUUUGCAAACUAUGUUAGCUCGCAAAAACGUCCUAAUAUUAUGGGACGGAGGGAGUAGCAAACUAAUACCUUCUGUUUUGUUGAACCCUACAAUAAUCUUUCAUUUGUGUGUUUGCCCAGUCAGCUGAACAAUGCCCUGUUGUUGAGUUCUUUGUACUUUCGUUGUUGCAUAACUAAGCGGUUCAAUGAACUCUGAAUAUGGCUGACUCUAUCUUGUAACCAUUCCUAGAUCAUAGACAGUUCAUUUUUGCAGGCUU